CAUAUAUUUAUUGCUCACAGGCGCACCUACGUUGGCAGCAUGCCUGGCAGAAUAAUCAAUGGACUGAAGACUGUUGGGGUUAAUAAUCCAGUGUUCCUUUUAGAUGAAGUUGAUAAACUGGGGAAGAGCUUGCAGGGAGAUCCUGCAGCAGCCUUACUAGAGGUCCUGGAUCCGGAGCAAAACCACAGUUUCACUGAUCACUACUUAAAUGUAGCCUUUGAUCUGUCUCAAGUCCUUUUUAUAGCUACAGCCAAUACUACAGCAACUAUCCCACCUGCUCUGCUCGACAGGAUGGAAGUCAUUCAAGUUCCAGGAUAUACACAAGAAGAAAAAAUUGAAAUUGCUCACAGACACUUGAUUCCUAAACAGCUUGAACAACAUGGUCUUACUCCACAGCAGAUACAGAUUCCACAAGUAACCACUUUAGACAUAAUUACGAGGUACACUAGAGAGGCAGGAGUCCGCUCUCUGGAUCGAAAGCUGGGGGCUAUUUGCAGGGCAGUGGCAGUGAAAGUGGCAGAAGGGCAGCAUAAAGAAACAAAGCCUGAUCGUUCUGAACUGGGUGAAGGAGAAGACUGCAAAGAACAUGUCACAGAAGAUGCAAAAUCAGAAUCCAUCAGUGACACAGCUGACCUGGCUCUGCCACCUGAAAUGCCAAUUUUAAUUGAUUUCCAUGCUUUAAAAGACAUCCUGGGGCCACCCAUGUAUGAAAUGGAGGUAUCAGAACGCUUAAGUCAGCCAGGAGUAGCCAUAGGCCUGGCUUGGACUCCGCUGGGAGGCGAGAUCAUGUUUGUGGAAGCAAGCCGAAUGGAUGGGGAAGGCCAGCUCACUUUGACUGGUCAGCUGGGAGAUGUCAUGAAGGAAUCAGCGCAUCUUGCAAUCAGCUGGUUGCGCAGCAAUGCAAAGAGAUACCAGCUCACUAAUGCUUCUGGAAGUUUUGAUCUCCUUGACAACACUGACAUCCAUCUGCACUUCCCAGCUGGAGCUGUCACAAAAGACGGACCAUCUGCUGGUGUUACCAUAGUAACCUGCCUUGCUUCCCUCUUCAGUGGGCGGCUGGUGUGCUCAGAUGUAGCCAUGACAGGAGAAAUUACACUAAGAGGCCUUGUUCUUCCAGUUGGAGGAAUUAAAGACAAAGUGCUGGCAGCGCACCGAGCUGGACUGAAGAGAAUUAUCAUUCCUCAAAGAAAUGAAAAAGAUCUUGAAGAAAUUGCAUUGAAUGUACGGCAAGAUUUGACUUUUGUUAUGGCAAGCUGUCUGGAUGAAGUUCUUAAUGCAGCUUUUGACGGAGGAUUUUCAGUUAAGCCCAGAGUUGAGCGUUUGAAUAGUAAACUUUAAGUAGACAGGCUGAGAUUACUUCUAUAUCAAAUUUUAAUAGAGAAUAGUAACUAUCAACUAGAAAUAUAUAUCUAAUGUAAGUAUAAAUAUGAGCUUAUAGUUUAAAAUUCAGUGUAAAUGCAAUCAAAAUAAAAAUACUGCUUUAGCAGUUAACAACCCAAACCCAUAUUUGCUGGGUAUGCUGCCUUUUACUAUUACCAGCAAAGAAUCUUGAAAAAAUAUUUUUUCCUGAUAGUGAGAUUCAAGCAUGAGUAACCUAAUGCUAUUGAGAAACAAUUCCUUACCUUAUCUGGUGUGUAGUUAUAUCAGUGUCAACAGCUAAUGACAUCUGCAAAGAGUUCAGGCCCACAGCCAGGGAAUAGUACGCAAUUUGUGUAGUCAGAGAACACAAAUUGCAGCAAACACAGCACAGAACAGCAAGAGGGGUAAUAAUGGGGAUGUUAACCAAAAGCAAAGUGAUUUGGUGCACAGGUGUUUUCUUUUUAGGAAGUAACAUUGAGGCAGUCUGUUAAGGAAGGCUGGCAUCAGAAAAAUCAAGAUUUUGGAAUUUGUUAGGAAAUGCAUAGAAGAUUUAAGGAUAACAGAAGCAAUAGUUCUAGUUUGUAGCAAUGUUAACGUAGGCAUCAUUUUUUCAAAUGUAAUUACAGGAAUGCACUCAUUUUUGCCUAGGAAGGGUAAUAAUGCAUUAAGUUCACGUGUGCAAGGUUGUACUUACAGCCCUGGAAGUAGGUGGCACGUACUCAGAAGACUUAUAGAAAAGACUGAGCCUGGUAACAUCUGGGAGGGGCAAAGUACUCCUCCUUAAUUCUUAUGUGAUACAAAACUAGGAACACUGCUGAUUCUAGGAUACUUAAAGUUCAGACUCUAAAUACUACAUCCAUUUAAACAAUACCAAUAAAACUACUGGAUAAUUAUAUUUUAUUAGGUAGUGCACACUAAUAAUGUAAGAUUUGAGAAAGUGUUAAUAUCCCCUCUGAGUCAGUAGCUUUGUCUCUUCAAUGUUUCAACACAGGAAUUUAACUUUAUGGAAUCUACAAUUCUUGAGUUUUUCAUUGUUUUGUAUGAGGGUAAGCCACAAGAGAAAACCUAGUCUCUAGUAUUCUGUUCUUGCUCGUUAAUUCUGAAACAACUGAAAUAUCCUUAUGAAAAUGCAAGUUGUAUCAGUGACAGAAGAAUCCUUUGUUUGGCUUUAAUUUCGAUUGAUAAAAAGAAAGCUGAUUUACCUGGAAUAUAACGGUAAUUAUAUUAAUAAAUUUAGUGGGUAUUUUUUCACUAGGUUAUAAAAACUUUCACAGAAGACUUAAUCUAAUAAAAUGAUUAAAAAAAAAACAAACACUUUUUGCGUUACUAUUUUAAGAAUUACACACUUCAGUUAUUCAGUUAUAUAUUACCUAAGUUCCACAGAGACAACAGUCUCUAUUUUUCUGCCUUAAAAAUUACUUGAACGCAACAAGUGUGAAAUAACUUGACAAUCAAUAAAACAGCAGAAAGGAAUGGUAACUAGUAUGCUGCUUUGCCUCUAAUCAGGACUAGUAAGGGGAAAAUAUAUUCUUUACUCAAUACAGAUCAAACGAGUCCUGCACUACUUAGCACUAGUAAGAGAACAGACGUGCAGUCUGUUUAUACAGGUAGAAGAACUGCAUUUUUUUUUUUUGAAAGAUAGCAAAUACUUUUUUUUUUUAAUAAUAAGCUUCUACAGCAACUUCAGAAGAACAAGGAAUUGCUCUGAGGAAAA